AUGUUCCUCUCACCCAUUGCAGCAAGGAGCAAAGCGCUACGACCAAGCAGUCUACGCUUGACACGCCUGCUACAGCAAUGUCGCGCUCAGUCGACAUUCCUUGACGAAAAGCCGUAUUGGGAGCACAUUCCAUCAUGGAGCCAUGUCUCGACAGACGAAUUUGUCUCUUACCGGUGGCAGCUACGCAACACUGUCUCAGAUAAGCACAAACUGUACCGUUUCCUCUCCGAAACGUUGCCGGACAAACUUGGCCCGACUGAGAAUGAUCAACUCAAGAAGAUCACCACCAAACAAGCCUUCAUCGAGGAUGCCGUGGCUGCCAUUCAGCUAGCGCCCAUGGCCAUCCGACUGACUCCCCAUAUUCUCUCGCGUGUGGACUGGGCGAACCCCUUGGAUGAUCCAGUUCGCCGGCAAUUUCUUCCGUUGAGAAGUGGUAUUGUUCCCGAUCAUGAAAAGCUCACCCUAGACUCGUUGCACGAAGAAGACGAUAGCCCUGUACCUGGACUAGUUCAUCGUUAUCCGGGUAGAGCCCUGUUCCUAGCAACAUCGAUCUGUCCAGUGUACUGUCGCUUCUGCACCCGAUCGUAUGCAGUUGGUCCAAAGACUGAAAUUGCAUCAAAGAGGCCACAGAAGCCCAGCCGCAAGCGAUGGGAGGUCAUCUUUCAGUAUAUCGAAAACCACCAAGACCUUCAAGAUAUUGUGGUCUCCGGCGGUGAUGCCUACUACUUGGCGCCUGACGACCUCAAAGAUAUUGGUGAACGUCUUCUCAACAUUCCGCAUGUUCGACGCGUUCGCUUUGCAUCAAAAGGUCUUGCCGUCGCUCCUGGCCGCUUCCUCGAUGAGACAGAUCCCUGGUCCGACACACUGAUCGAUCUUUCCAAACAAGGCCGAAGCAUGGGGAAACAAGUCUGUCUUCAUACCCACAUCAACCAUGCCAAUGAAAUCACGUGGGUUACAAGAAAGGCUGCAAACAGGCUGUUCGAACAUGGCGUUAUCGUACGCAACCAGGCUGUGCUCUUGAACGGAGUAAACAACAGCCCCGAGGCACUCUCAGAGCUUAUUACUACUCUUUCGAACAUCAACAUUCAGCCUUACUAUAUUUACCAGUGUGACAUGGUCUCAGGUAUUGAGGACCUGCGCACCCCGCUUCACGAGAUCAUCAAGCUCGACAAGCAACUUCGGGGAACCUUCUCAGGUUUUAUGAUGCCGUCCUUUGUCGUCGAUCUCCCUGGAGGCGGUGGGAAGCGUCUUGUCUCCACCUACGAUUCCUACGACAAGAAGACUGGUGUUGCCGAGUAUAGCGCACCCGGUUUGCCUGGCGUAAAGGGCACAAGGAAGUAUAACUACUAUGACCCCAAGCAUGUACAAGCCGCAGACCUCGAAGAGUUCCGUCAACAUCAACACCAGGCACUUGCACAAGGCAUUUCUCUCUCGGAGUUUGCUCGAGCGACCUACUCUAAUUCUGCACGUCCACAAUCUGGUAUACCAACGAAUCAAGAGUUACAACUACCAUUUGGGGCUACAAGCAUCACACACGAAUGGGGAAGUGCCUCAGCCCAUGCUGGCUAA